CAAAAUUUCCUCCUUAUUUUCAUAGUUCUCAUAGUUUCAGUGGCAGCCCUGUUGGCUGGAUCAAUGGAUGGAGGGAAUCACUCUCUGGUGUCUGAGUUUGUGUUUCUGGGACUCAUCAACUCUUGGGAGAUCCAGCUCCUCCUCCUUGUGUUCUCCUCUGUGCUCUACGUGGCAAGCAUGGCUGGAAACAUCCUCAUUGUGUUUUCUGUGACCACCGAUCCUCACUUACAUUCCCCCAUGUACUUCCUGCUGGCUGGUCUUUCCGUCAUUGACAUGGGAGCCUGCUCUGUCACCUCACCCAAGAUGAUAUAUGACCUUUUAAGAAAGCACAAAGUCAUCUCCUUUGGAGGGUGCAUCACUCAAAUCUUCUUCAUCCAUGUCAUAGGCGGUGUGGAGAUGGUGCUGCUCAUCGCCAUGGCCUUUGACAGAUAUGUGGCCAUUUGUAAGCCUCUCCAUUAUCAGACUAUUAUGAGCCCAAGAAUGUGCAUGAUUUUUCUUGCUGCUGCUUGGGCUCUUGGUCUCAGUCACUCACUGUUCCAACUGGCAUUCAUCAUUAAUUUACCCUUCUGUGGUCCUAAUGUACUAGACAGUUUUUACUGUGACCUACCCAGGCUCCUCCGACUCGCCUGUAGAGAUACCUACAGACUACAGUUCAUGGUCACUGUCAACAGUGGGUUUAUCUGUGUUGGUUCUUUCUUCAUACUUGCCAUCUCCUAUGUCUUCAUCUUGUUUACUGUUUGGAAACAUUCCUCAGGUGGUUCAUCCAAGGCCGUCUCCACCCUGUCAGCUCACAUCACUGUUGUUAUUUUGUUUUUUGGGCCAACCAUGUUUGUCUAUACGUGGCCACACCCCAAUUCCCAGAUGGACAAAUUUCUAGCUCUAUUUGAUGCUGUACUCACUCCUUUUUUAAACCCAGUCAUCUACACUUUCAGGAAUAAAGAAAUGAAGGCAGCAAUGAAAAGAGUAUGCAAACAGCUCAUAAUGUACUGGAAGAUCUCAUAA